AUGGAUGAACUUAAGCAAAUUGAUGAGCAGAUUCCACUUACGUUAUGUAAGCUUGAGAAGAUUUUUUCACCUUCAAUUUUUGAUGUUAUGCUGCAUUUAGUAGUUCAUUUAGCAUCUGAAGCCAUACUUGGAGGGCCUGUUCGAUUUCGAUGGAUGUACCCAGUGGAGCGUCAGCUUUAUACUUAUAAGUCAUAUAUCAGAAAUAGGGCACGUCCAGAAGGGUCAAUUGCUGAAGGAUAUAUAGCAGAUGAAUGCAUGACUUUUUGCUCAAGAUAUCUAAAAGGCUUCGAGACAAAGUUUAAUCGCCUUGAAAGAAAUUAUGAAGAUGACAAUAGAGAAUGUAAUGAAGCACAACUAUCUAUUUUCAGACAUAGUGGGCGGGCAUUGGGUGCUGCCACCACCCGCUACCUUGAUGAACGUGAGUGGUUGCAAGCUCAUAUUUAUGUUCUAAAGAACUGUGAUGAAGUGCAACCACACAUUGAGGACUACAAUGAAUUCGUGAGAGAACCCACAAAUCACUAUGAUGAUAAAGAUUGGGAUAAGAACUUUAUCGAGUGGUUCCAAGCUCUAGUUUAUCAGAGUUAUCGAGAAGAUGAUGACUUACUUUCACUAUCUCGUGGUCCAAGUAAGAUUGUUAAAUGUUUUACUGGAUUUGUCAUAAAUGGACAUCGAUUUCAUACAGAAAGUCGAGAUAAUUGUUUGUCAACUCAAAGUAGUGGGGUUGCAGUUGUUGGUGAUGCUGGUGAUGGUGGAGAUAUAGAUUAUUAUGGUGCUUUGGUUGAAGUUGUCGAAUUAGAGUAUCCUGGUAGAAGAAAGGUUGUUCUAUUUCGUUGUAAAUGGUGGGAUGUGCACGGCAAAGGAAAAGGGACCGCUUUGAAAGAAGACAAAUAUGGAUUUAUCAGUAUUAACUGCCGACACUUGCUAAAGACGAAUGACCACUUUAUACUUGCUGGCCAAGCAUCACAAGUUUUUUAUGUUGAGGAUAUUGCCAAUGAAGGUUGGCAUGUAGUUCUUAAAGCACAACCCCGUGAUUCCUAUGAUAUGCCACCAGAUACAGAUGAUUGUGGGAUAACAGACGAUGGAGUUGAAGCUUAUUUGCAAGAUGAAUCAUUUGAUGCUCAGGCUAUUGCAUCAACAUCAUUGGAAGAUGAUUAUAUCAAUUUGAGAAGGAGUGAUAUUGAUCCAAUUAUUGUAAAUUCGGUCUCAACUUCAAAAAAGAGGAAAAAGACUCAAGCAGAGAAUUAGAACGCUUUAAUUAAAGAAUAGAACACAAAUGAUAUUGUGUUAUUGAGAUAAAAUUUAAGUUGUAUCUUCACUAUAACUAUUCCUUUUUUAGACAUAUGAUGUUCUUUUCUUCAUAUUUUGGAUGUGGCUUUGACAUUGCAGCAAGUGCUUCUA